CCUAGCAACAACCUACACACAGCCGGACUGACUGGACGUGCGGACAGCGUUCUCCUCUUUAUCACUCAAUUCUUGGCAUUUCUGACCGAAGAACGACGCAAAAUGAGUAACAGACAAAUUCUACAAGUUUUUGAGCAAUACCAGAAGUCGCGCACAGCCUUCGUGCAGACUGUAGCAGAACUUGCAUCGCGACCGCAGAAUAUCGAAACUCUGCAAAAUGCAGGUGUGAUGUCCCUGCUGCGGCCGCUCCUGUUGGAUAUCGUGCCCACCAUCCAGCAGACGGCGGCGCUGGCUCUCGGUCGCCUGGCCAACUAUAACGACGACCUGGCGGAGGCCGUGGUGAAGGGAGACAUCCUGCCCCAGCUGGUCUACUCUCUGGCUGAACAGAACAGGUUCUACAAGAAGGCAGCAGCGUUUGUUCUGCGUGCCGUGGCCAAGCACUCCCCCCAGCUGGCCCAGUCUGUAGUGGACUGCGGCGCCCUGGACGCACUGGUCAUCUGUCUGGAGGAGUUUGACCCUGGUGUGAAGGAGGCCGCGGCCUGGGCCCUGGGCUACGUGGCCAGGCACAAUGCUGAGCUUGCCCAGGCAGUAGUUGACGCAGGCGCAGUGCCCCUGCUGGUCCUGUGUAUCCAGGAACCAGAGCUGGCGCUGAAGCGCAUCUCCGCCUCGGCCCUGAGCGACAUCUGUAAACACUCCCCCGAGCUGGCGCAGACUGUGGUGGACGCGGGAGCCAUCGCACACCUCGCACAGAUGAUCCUCAACCCUGAUGCCAAACUCAAGCGUCAAGUGUUCUCAGCCCUGAGUCAGAUUGCCAAACACUCGGUGGACCUGGCGGAGAUGGUGGUGGAGGCGGAGAUCUUCCCCGCCGUGCUCACCUGUCUGAAGGACCCUGACGAGUACGUCAGGAAGAACGUCGCCACACUCAUCAGGGAGAUAGUCAAGCACACACCUGAGCUUGCCCAGUUGGUGGUGAAUGCAGGAGGUGUAGCCGCUGUGGUGGAUUAUGUCGGAGACUGUAAGGGUAACGUACGUCUGCCCGGUGUGAUGAUGCUGGGAUACGUGGCCGCACACAGCGAGAACCUCGCCAUGGCUGUCAUCGUGUCAAAGGGAGUAGUCCAGUUGGCGGUCACGUUUGCCGAAGAGCCGGAGGACCACAUCCAGGCAGCCGCGGCCUGGGCACUGGGACAGAUCGGACGCCACACACCAGAACACGCCAAGGCUGUCGCAGCCUCCAACAUCCUACCCAAACUCCUCGCAUCCUACUUACGUGCAGAUGCCUCCGAAGAUCUACAGACCAAGGCAAAGAAGGCCCUGAAGAACAUCCUACAGAAGUGUGUACACCUCCCAGCUCUGGAACCUCUGCUGCACGACGCUCCUCCAAACAUCCUCAAACACGUGGUCGGACAGUUCAGCAAGGUGUUGCCACAUGACUCCAAGGCCAGGCGGUUGUUUGUGACCAGUGGAGGCCUGAAGAAGAUCCAGGAGAUCAAGGCUGAGCCAGGGUCGGCCCUACACGAGUACAUCAACACCAUCAACAACUGCUACCCUGAGGAGAUUGUCAGGUACUACUCCCCUGGCUACUCAGACCAGCUGCUACAGAGAGUGGAAGAGUUCCAACCCGUCCAGUGAACACAGCAAAUUAUCAACAGUUGAAAAACUUUUUUCAUGACAUUUCUGGUGAAAGUGUCACCAAUAUUUCAAUUUCACAUGUUUAUCAUUAAAUCCAAUUUAUGCCUUACUUGAAUAUCUCUACAUUAACAUAUGGCUCACUUGCACAUUAAAACAGCUCUCAUUUGGUGAUCACAGAAUAAAACACCAGUUGAAAGGGAUUGUUAUAUAAUGUAACUUUGUAUCUAGCUGUUGCCUUUCUUGUUAAUUUGUGUGCCUUAUCUAACAAAAGUUCUCAUAUGGUAGUACAGAUGCCCCAAACAACUUUUCAGCCAUAUUUUAGCAUUGUCUUAUUACUGAGGUUAUACAAAUGUACAACUAUGUUACAGUUUUUCACAUUUUCAACAUAGAUCAAAGCAUUUGAUAGAUUUAUCAAGUGGUCACAUUAUGUUGUUACAAUGAAAAAUUACACCAGAAUGUUACAAUGAAUUCUUUGACAGAGUUAAUGUUACCACCUUAAGUUUGUAUAAUACAUAGACCUACUAUAGAGAUACUAUGUGUGUAUAUAUUUGAGUGUCUUACUAGUAAUUCUACUUUCCAGUAUACCAUUAUUUUGUAUCAUAUUCAUUGAGAAAAUUCACAAAACUAUACAUCAAGAUUAGCAACUAUUUUCAGGUGUUGUAAAUAAAUACUUGAAACAUAACAUAAUUAAAGAAUUCUAACACAUUGGAAGCACAUGUAACUUUACAUACACUGGUUGUAACAAGGAGAUUGAAAUAAAUUUUAACCUCCUUGCUUCAUUUGCAGUACAAUAUUAUCUUCAACAAGUGAAAGAUAGAACUGUGAUAAUAUUUUAUUAAAGUUGGUUAUUUUGAAAGAGCAA